AUGCUGAUGAUGAUGGAGAACAGCGGCAUGGAUGCGCAUCAGGUUGAUAUCGAUUCGGAAUUUGAGCCUCACAGCCGGUCGCGGUCGUGCACCUGGCCGCUGCCGUGUCCGGAGGAUUUCCCCGGGGGAGAAGAGGCGAGCCGAGGUCUGGCCCUGGCAUCGGUCAAAGUGGAGCAGUACAACGUGCCCGCAUGCCGGGCCGAGAGAAAGGGCGGCGCACCGGCGGAGAUCAAGCACCCAGCCGGCGCUCCGGCUCCGGUCGUGGCCGCUCCUGCCUGCAUGUCCGGGGCUGCGCUCGACGUGGCCGGCCAGCUGCGCAAAGCCAAGUCCUCCCGGCGGAACGCGUGGGGGAACCUGUCAUAUGCAGACCUCAUCACCCGUGCCAUCGAGAGCACCCCCGACAAGAGACUCACCCUGUCCCAAAUUUAUGACUGGAUGGUUCGCUUUGUUCCUUAUUUCAAGGAUAAAGGCGACAGCAACAGUUCAGCCGGAUGGAAGAAUUCAAUCAGACACAAUCUGUCCCUGCACAGUCGCUUCAUCCGGGUGCAAAACGAAGGGACGGGGAAGAGUUCCUGGUGGAUGCUGAACCCAGAAGGAGGGAAGAUGGGGAAGGGACCCAGACGACGUGCGGCCUCUAUAGACAACGGCACCCGCUACCUGAAGACCAAGGGUCGCAUUAGCAGGAAGAGAGCAGGCGCCACAGGCCUUGGCCGGGGACAAGGUCAGGGAGCUGGACCCACAAUGCAGGGCUCCCCAGAACAUGGCAGUCCAGCUGGGAAAGGAGGUGUAGGCAUGGGGGGUGAGGAGUAUGACACCUGGACGGAUCUCCAUUCUCGCACCUCCUCCUCUGCCUCCACACUGAGUGGCUGCCUGUCCCCGAUCCUGGCUGAGGCAGAGGCUGAUGAACCAGAGGAGGGGGGACUGUCCUGUUCAGCAUCGCCCCGACUGUACCCAAGCCCAACCAGCACUCGAUCCCCGGCCCUGGGCACUGGAGGCCACUGCCCUACUGUGGAGCUGCCACAGCUGACUGAUCUGACGGGGGCAAUCAGUCUAGACGAGAGUGGUUAUCCCCAGCCACCCCAAAUCAAAUGCAACGGAUAUCCCUACGUGCCUGGGCCCAAGGCCGAGGGCUCCUACUGCGGGCCUGUGUACGGGCAGCCCUCCAUGGGUAUGCUCCGGCACCACACUCCCAUGGAGACCAUCCAGGAAAACAAGCCAACCAGCUUCCAGCGUCCAAUGAGGGGUUACUCAGAGACCAACGCUCUGCAGAGUCUUCUUACUGGAGGUCCUCCGUACUGCAACAAAGACACAGUGCUGGGCCAGGGCCGGGAAACACACACACUAAUGACACAGGGGACCAAUGGCGUUCACAACCAGCACAGCCACAAUCAGAGUCGCAGCCACAAUCAUAACCACAAUCACAGCCAGGAUCGCGCACACAAUGCCAGUCUACACAACGGCCACGGCUCAGUCCAUGAACAGAACACAACCCACCAUCAAAACCACAAUCAGGGUCACAAACACCAAGCCAGCCUCGACUACAGCCACAGCCACAAACCCCACGUUGCCCACGACUACGUUGCGAGUCAGGAGCACGGUCACAGUAACAAAGUAAACCCCAGCCAUGACCACAACCCUCGUUCUAGCCAGAGCCACAUGCACAACCACAACCCCCACAACCCUCAUAACCCUAUGCACAGCGGGCCUCACCCCCAGGCCCUAUCCCCACGGGUGAGCACUGACAUCCUGCAGCCCUACAGCCUCAAGACCUCUAACCACUACGGGCCCCGACCCCACCUCCCGACAUCGCCGUCCCUGCCACCCAACCCUGCAGGCGUCAUGGAUGUUCCCCAGGACCCUUGCCGCCUGGCGUCUGCACCUCACCCCCGUCACCAGCCUUACCCCGGAGCUCUCCAUCAGGGUAUGACCGACUCCUGGCACGGCUACUACCACAACAACCACCAGUCAGGGAACACUGGUUACCAGGGGCAACAGCACAACUCCCACAGUAGAAUGGCUCCUAACCUGGAGAUGGAGAACGUCCCCAACAGCCUGGACUGUGAUGUAGAUUCCAUCCUGCUCAAUGACUUUAUGGACACAGAGAGCAUGGACUUUAACUUUGACGGCUCUCUGUCCCAAGGCGUGGGCAUGGGGAUGGGCAUGAGUUUAGGGGCAUUCGCUUGCCCUCCACCGGCGCACAGCAACCAGAGCUGGGUGCCGGGGUGAACCCAAGCCCAAGGGCUUUGCAUAAACACAUGACCGAAACGCUCACCCAGUGGGCCAGGCUGCUGGUGGGCUGUACCC